AUGAAGGGGAAGGUCGGAGUCGCCUCCCGCCCCACUUCACUGGUCGACCCCCCGCGCCGGGGCGGGGGGAGGGCCGGGAGAUCCAAGCGGCGAGGGCCAGCGAUGACUCGACCGCGCCACCCAGACAACGGCCUGGCCGGAAGUCGGUCGAUCGCUCCCCAGCCCCUCCCACAGUAUUUCGCGCUCCACCAGGCUCUGUGGAGUGGUCCUCGUGGUCACCUCAGAAAUUGGGCUCCAUGGCCUAGCGUCCCCGCCACCUGUGAUCGUACGCCGAGGCCAGCGAGGGGUGACUGCCGAGGUUUCCACCAGCCCACAGGCAAAAGCACGGCAGCCACCCUCUCCAGCGGCUCGCUCAUGGCCACCCACGACCACUACCAGCGCCGCCUGGGCUCCGCUUCCAGGAACAGCUCCUGCGGAAGUGCGGAGUAGCACCCUGGGAAAGCCAUCCCCCACCACCCAGGUCUCCCCAAAGCCAACCCGGGACACUGGUGGGCUAGCUUCUUUUUCGGGAAGUCCACUCUCCCAUUCAUGGCCAUAGUGUCCCCAGAGCACUGGGAAUCGCCCCAGAAGACCUCCACCGGUAUGAUCACCUGUGACCUGGCUCGGGAAGCCAUGGGGAAGCAGCAGUCUGGCAGCCAGCCUGGCAAAACCAACUCCAGCCCCCGUCCUGAGUGGCCGCCAUCAGCUGCCAGGCUUCCUUCCAAGGCGCUAGGCUAAUAAGAGCCCCCACUCCACCUCCCCUCCCCUCCUCAAGACUAAGCAGGCUACAGCCAGCAGAAACAGUUGGGUUCUUUAACAUCAAAACAGUAAAACACCAAAAAGAAAGUUGAGAGAACCCCACUCUUUACUACCCAAGCCACACAAGAGCCUUCCUGACACCUCAUAACCCUGUGCCUUGCACCAAGCAGAAAAUAAACUCCAAGCAGCCAU